AUGGAUCCGACUGAAGGCAUUCCAAAAGGGUGGACAAAUGACCCCCAGUUCUUUGAAGGGUUUUUCGACUAUGACUCUGCGGAGGCCCACCUGGCCCGACGCCAUGGGAUAAAUGAUCCUAAACUUCUGUUGAUGACGACCCCCGAUACUGGGGAUAUGGGAUACAUAAUCACAUCAGGUGGCCGUUUUUACUGGGGUGAUCUGAUGAUUGAUCACAUCGCCGAGAUCACCAAGCCCAGGACCUGGCCGGAAAUUCUGCGCACUCUUGCGAUGAAGGGGGACAAGGGUCUGAGGAAGAAGUUUGUUCAGCGGGUGGUUGUAGAAGAGGAGCCCUGGGAGGAGGAAAUGAUGGUUGAAGGGCAAGGCCUGUCCGUUCCUUCCGGUUCAAACGUUCCUUCCACUUCGGAGAAGUGA